AUGGGAGAGAACUUCAAGGGCUUUAUGAAGAGGUCAACAAAUAUUGAAGUAUUGCCGAUGCUGUUUUGGAAUGCUGCUCGUAAAGUGACCAUUGGUGGGUUUGAAAAAAUAAUAUUUGAUAUACAGUGUGCUAACCUAGAAGCAUAUGAUUGGAUUAAGAAUAUUCCACCCAAAUUUUGGGCAGAUGCUUAUUUUCUAGGGUCUAGAUACAGUCAUCUUACAUCAAACAUGGCCGAGUCUUUCAAUGCUUGGAUUUUAUCUGCUCGAGAGAAGCCAAUCAUUACAAUAUGUGAAGAAAUAAGGAUACAGUUGAUGACCAGGUUUGAAGAGAAGAGGGAAUUAGGUAAUACUUGGAGCGGCAUGUUAGUACCGAAGCCUCAAGAAUUACUUGAUACGCGAAAGAUGACGGCUCGAUUUUUGCACAAAGUUAUAUUCACCAUGGACACGUUUUUUGAGAUCCACUAUCUUGGGAAGAAGUACGCUGUCAAUUUAAUGCAGUGGACAUGCAUUUGUAGAAAAUGGCAACUCAGUGGCAUUUCGUGUGCCCAUGCUAUUGCGGCCAUUAACCAUAUGCAUAUGGAUCCCACUUUGUACUGCCUUAAGUAUUUUACAGUGGAAUACUUUAGAAGGGCAUUUGAAACUCCCUUUGCACCUGUCCCGGAUGAUAUUGAGUUGACAGGUAUUUACAACCGGACAGUGUUGCCACCAAGGACUACACGCUUUCCCGGUAGGCUAAAAAAGCAACGAAGAAUAUCCGAGACGGAACAUCCGAUCACCAGGCCUUUGAAGUGCAAACGAUGCGACGCUGAGGGUCAUAAUAGGAGGACAUGCAAAGAACCGAUAUAG